GAGAGAUCAUUGGGCAGAAAUUAUCUGAACAGCAAACAUGAGUGGAAGAGGAAAAGGCGGCAAAGGUCUCGGUAAGGGAGGCGCCAAGCGUCAUCGCAAAGUUCUCCGUGAUAACAUCCAGGGAAUCACCAAGCCCGCUAUCCGCCGUCUGGCUCGCCGUGGUGGAGUCAAGCGUAUCUCCGGUCUGAUCUACGAGGAGACCCGCGGUGUGUUGAAGGUUUUCCUGGAGAACGUCAUCCGUGAUGCCGUCACCUACACCGAGCACGCCAAGAGGAAGACCGUGACUGCCAUGGAUGUGGUCUAUGCUCUCAAGAGGCAGGGACGUACUCUCUACGGUUUCGGAGGUUAAGCCGCUAAAUCUUUUAACAAAGAAACUAAACAACGGUCCUUUUAAGGGCCACACAUCUCUAUAUAAAGACAUACGUUCCUUGUAUUUACUUCCUUGUCUCACUAUCACCUAUCAAAUGCACAAGUUAAUUACGAAUGCUCGGUUAUCCAUCACGAGAGAUGGCGAAAGCUUAAGUAAAAGACCUUAUUGAUAUGUUAAUGGUGUCUAUAAGCUAUGUAGGGCUGGGCGAAUCUUGGUAUCGAUUCGAUACCGAGUAAAUACUGCUCUAGUAUGGCCGAUACUUUUCUCGAAGUCAUGAUCAUUGAAUAAAUUUUGCCAUUAGUUGUUCAUGACAAAACAAAAUGUCUAGGCAAAUAAGCGUUUUUCUUAACUAAUUACAGUAUAAGCCUUUUUAAUAGUACAAAAUAUAAAUAAUUCCCCUUUUACUACAUACAAUUGUUUUAGCCGUCAGCUGAGAGAGUGUGUGCAGGCCAGCACGAAAGGCAAAAUGGAGGACAGGCUGAUAUUGUAUGUGUCUGAAUAACCUGAAUUUACCAU